AUGCUUGCGCCACGUGUCUUCCUGGUUUUCGCCCUCGCAGCCGCUGUUCUCGCUGAAUCAGCCGAUGAACUAGAGCAAUGGACACAGGCAUCGAAAUGCAACUGCUGCAAAGUCGUCAUGACCGACAUCAAAGCAAUUCUGAUCAACAUCACAGGCAAACUUGAACCCGUUUUCCACAAAGCCAUUCAGGCUGCUUGCCAACGCUACAUCAAGAUUCAACCAUUCGAGAAGAUUUGCGAAUUCAUUAAUGAGACUCUGCUUCAUCCACUCUUCGAAUGGCUCUUGAAGAAGGAAGGAGAAAUCGAUCCUGAGUUUGAUUGCCAGUACAUGAAAUUCUGCCCACGUCCAAAGGGCUUUGAAGUAUUCCUUCGCAUGCUCAAGGUGGCUGAUGUACCUGACUUCCAUUAG